CCCUGGUAGCUCAGUUGGUAGAGCGCUCGCACCCCCGCCCAAGGCAGGUCUUCAUCUUCUGCGCAUGCGCGCACAGGAAUGACUGGUGCGCUUCAAAUUGAAUAAUGGCCAACUUUGAAGCUCUAGUGAAGUGGUCGCUGAAGUACCAUGAUGGGACGAGGAACGAGCCACAGAUGGACGACGAGCGUCGCCGGUAGUUGCAGGAGGCUCUGCAGGCCGUAGCUUCGGUUCCGACAGAGUCUCAGUUACUGCAGGCGGCGCUGACAGUCCUGAGAGCCCAUAGUCCAGCGGGAGGAGAUGUGGGAGAGGAGGAGGGAGAGGAGGAGGAGGAACAUCUACUGAGAACCUUUGAGGAGAUACAGUAUCUCAUUGAGGACCUCGACAAUGCCAAUAACCUGAUACCAAUGAAUGGUGUUGAAGUGGUAGCCAGUUACUUGGAUCACAAGAAACAGUCACUGGUGCGGUCAUCAUGUGAGCUGAUUGCCACGGCAACACAGAACAACCCCAAGACCCAGGAGGCCUUCCUAGCGAUGCUACCUCGUCUGCUGACGAUCCUUAAUGACAGGAGUUACCCCUCGAGUGUCUGGGUGAAGGCUCUGUACGCUGUGUCUUGUAUGACACGGAGCUACACUCCAGGAGUGGAGAGACUGCUCUCUCUGGACGGACUGGCAACACUCCGUCUCUGUCUGGGGGCCGACGACACCAAGAUGGUCGUCAAGACUCUCUUCAUCCUCAUGAGCUACUUCUCCCCAACCCAGGGAGAGGUGAGAGGAACAAGGGGACGAAACAGCAUCUGAAGAAUGUGUACACGUCUCUGGGGCUGACGAUGCUGUCAGCAGCAGCCGGGGCCCUGGGCUUCUUCCUGCUUCAGCUACAGGUUUCACUGCUGGCAGUCCUGGGGUCCAUUGGUCUCCUAUUUGCCAUCAUGUUCACUCCACACACUCCCGAGAAUGUUACCAAGAGACUCGGUUUCCUCUGUGCCUUUGGUGCAUGCACUGGUGUUAGUCUGGGCCCACUACUUGGUGCAGUUGCUGACAUCCAGCCAAGUAUCAUCCCAACGGCAUUCCUUGGUUCGUGUGCCAUAUUUGGUAGCCUCAGUCUUGCCGCUCUGUAUGCCGAGAGGAGAAGUAUGCUGUUCUUGGGAGGUUUUCUGAUUUCUGGACUCAACAUGUUGGUGAUGAUGCUGUUCUUCAAUAUCUUCUUGGGAUCUCACAUGGUCUUCCAGCUGGAUGUGUACGGUGGUCUCAUUCUGUUCUGUGGGUUCGUUCUCUUUGACACCCAACUGAUUGUGGAGCGAUUCAACAACGGAGACAACGACUACGUCCGUCACUCUCUCGACCUCUUCCUCGACUUCAUCAACAUCUUCCGUCGUCUGCUCGUAAUCCUGGCCUCCAAGGAGAAGAAGAGGAAGAACUAACUACACAUUAUACUGUUCUCUGGGUGAUAGAGACUUCAACUGUAGCUGUUGUAGCAUCAAAAACACUAUACACACCAGAAAUUACCAAUUGUACCCAAAACCUACUCAUUUGUACCCAUGCACCAUUUUUUGUGAUAAUUUUGCUGCUAAUAAAGAUGUCAGUGUGCCAGUGUGUUGCACUGCAGUGAACUCGGAGUGGCUUCAAAAGUGGAUGUGUGUUGGUGCUCUUAAAAUAGAGUAUUGUACAUAAUGUAGGAAUGACUGCUAAAAUAAUUGUGGUGCAUAUACAUAAGCUAGCGUCCCUUAUGAGAUUGCACUUAGCAGGGUGAUAUCAAAAUUAAUGCACAUACAGUAUUGUAGCACUGGUGCAAGAUACUUAAUAUAGUAUUUAUUUGAAACUGUAGUUGAUGACUAGUGUAUGGCACUAAGACAACUCAUUAGUAUGCAUGGUGUAUGGUGUGCUGACUCAGCCAUACACGCACAUGUGGUGUAUGACACCAUGGCAUGCAUACU